UUUUCCUUGUCGGAAGAGAAGCCCUUAUUGAUUCACUAGAUCUGGUUGAGCUGGAGUAGGCGAUGGAUCUGGAUUCGUGGUUUGGAGUGGCCAGCGCUCUCGCCACGCAUCCGGUGGCCGUCGCGAUCCAGAUCCAGGGAUGCGUCAUUUACUUGGCGCUGGCGAUGGGCUGGGCAUUCGCGACGAUGAUAAGGGGGCGAGAGCUCGCGAAAAUGAAGAGGGCGCAACGAAAUGGAAAUAGUCUUGCAUUUCUCAACGUUGAUGUGGAGAGUUUCGAGCAUGGUGCUCAAGCGAUGCUACCACGCGUGACUGUGGUGAUGCCCGUCAAGGGAUUUGGCGAACACACGAUUAGAAAUUGGCGGAGCCAGCUUAUAUCGUUGUAUGGAGGUCCGCUCGAGUUUAUCAUCGUCGUCGAGAGCAUGAAAGAUCCAGCUUAUGCGGCGAUAUCAAAGUUGAUCUAUGAGCUCAAGGAUGAUGUCCUGGCAAAAGUUUUGGUAGCCGGCUUGUCCGCAACUUGCAGCCAGAAAAUUCACAACCAGCUGGCUGGAAUUUCUGCCAUGCACAAGGAGAGCAAAUACGUUCUCUUUCUGGACGACGACGUGCAGCUUCACCCCGGCACAGUCGGAGCGCUCGUUGAUAAAAUGACUCCGGAGAUUUUUGUUCUCACAGGCUAUCCGUUUGACAUACCGUCUGGAAGCCUCGGAAGCUAUUGCAUAUAUGAGUACCAUAUGCCCUGUUCAAUUGGUUUUGCGACCGGUGGAAGAACUUUCUUUUUGUGGGGCGGAUGCAUGAUGAUGCAUGCAGAAGAUUUCCGUCAAGAUCGUUAUAAUAUGGUGACAGGGCUGCAAAAUGGUGGCUAUUCCGACGAUAUGACUCUUGCUGCUGUGGCCGGUGCACAUCAUCGAGUAAUCAGCUCACCUCCCGUGGCUGUGUUCUUCCAUCCACUGUCUCAAAACUUAAGCUUUUCGAGGUACUGGAACUAUUUGCGAAAGCAGACAUUUGUUCUGGAGUCCUACAACUCGCAAGUUAACUGGCUUAUGAACCGGGCAUUGUUCUUCUCGCAUUGUUGGCUGUCGUGGAGUUUCGUAGCUCCAUACGUGCUCGUGAUCGCGCAACUGGCCGUGGCAUUCAGGGCGAUGCUUUGUCCAUCUCCGGAUGCAGCUAUAGCGUACAGGACAGGACUUGUGAUGGCUGGGAUUGUAGCCAUUUGCUCCGUGAUUGAGUCACUGUCGUUGCAGCGUCUCUCGGCCGUGAUAAUAAGUCUCUGCAACGAGCUAUCUCCUGAAAAGCCGCCAGUGUCCAUCAAGACUUACAACUGGUUUAUGGUUUUUGUUGCAAUGGUCGUGGACAAUUUUCUCUAUCCCGUGUCUGCUGUCUAUUCUCAUUGGUCUCAGUUCAUCGACUGGGCCGGAGUACGCUACCAUUUACGACACGGCAAAGUAUACCAGAUUGAAAGACCAUCUUUGUUAGCUGAAAGGCAGGCGUCCGUGAAGAAAACGAAAACCAAAGCCUUUCCACACAAAAAACACUUGUGGUGCCAAUAACAACGAAUACUAUUGGUUCAUUCUUUGA